AUGGAGGAGACGCACAGCCAGUGCCCAGGGCUCACCGGCCUGAAGAAUCUGGGCAACACGUGCUACAUGAACGCAAUUUUGCAGUGCCUCUGCAGCGUGCCGCAACUUGUGGAAUAUUUCCUCUCAGGAAAGCACAAAGCAGCCCUACACAAGGAGAAUGGCCAGACUGUGAUUGCCUUUGGCUGUUUGAUGUCCGACAUGUGGCUCGGAGAGUUUGACUGUGUUUCCCCGGAGGUUUUUCAUUCAGCCCUUGAGAAGCGGUACCCAGCUUUUAGGAAGAAGAGUCAGCAGGACGCACAGGAGUUUCUGAUCUGUGUGCUGAAUGAGCUCCACGAGGCUCUCAAGUCAAGCGAAAGACGAUGCGUAACCAAUGCAAAAGCAAGCAGAGGGAGCGUCGGUGAAACAUCUAUUAUCACACAGCUAUUUGAGGGCCAGCUCAGUUACGAGAUCACGUGUCUGGAAUGCAAGAGCACCACCGAGAGACCCGAGAGCUUCACCGUUCUGUCCCUGCCCGUCCCUUCUAAGAGAGCGUGCUCUCUGGAGGACUGUCUCAAAUGCUUCUUUCAGCAAGACACGCUGACUUGGAACAACCAAAUCCACUGUUCCUGGUGUGGAACGAAACAAGAUGCUGUAGUAAAGGGCACCAUUACCAAGGCACCGCAGAUCAUUGUUUUUCACCUAAAGAGGUUUGAAUGGCGAGACAAACACAAAGGGAAACUCUCCACCACCAUCCGCUAUCCACUCAGCAACCUGGACCUCUCUCCUUACGCCGCCCCGCCUUUCUGCAGGGGGGCAGAGUACAGCCUGCGUGCUGUCGUGGUGAGCUUUGCUUUUCCUGCUUCCAUUUGUACUGCCCUGCCCCGUGCAGCUGAUGAAGCCGGUGCUAGCUUGGACUUUAUAUAUGUUUUGUAUAUAUAUGGUUUUCAUCCUUUUUUUUUUUUUUUUUUGCCUGCCGCGGACAUAAUGCAGUGA